AUGUCUUUUAAUAUCUCAUCUCUCGAAGCCCUUGCAUUAAACAUUCUAAAAAAUUCAUUCUCAAAAAAGAUUGCGGAAGGCGUGGAUGUUCCGGAACUAGAUCCAUGCUCGUUAUGCAACCAAGAACUUUUUUUGUAUGAAAUAAAAAACCCGAUUACUAUACUCAUCUGUGGACAUAUUUAUCAUCGCGAUUGCAUCGAAAAAUCCAUCAAAAAAUGCUCAAUAUGUCCAAGACCUGAUUGCAAGAAAGAGAUAGAAGAGGCAAAGCCUCGAGACUAUGUCUCAUCUACGGUUGAUGCUACGCCUGGAAGUCAAAAUACCAGCGAUUUGAUGGAUAUAUCCCCGAGAUUGUUUACUGACCUCCACUUCCCAAGUCUGUCCCAAUACUCAAGUCUGCCUGAAAAGCGUGUUAGUGAAUUUACCAACAAAUCAUCCAGCAAGAAAGUGAAGAAGCCGGUUUCGAAGGAAGACUCUCCUACGUUACGAAGACUAAUCAAAGAAUUGACAACUCCCACCCAGAAAACCUCAUCUAGUAAUACGAUUAUUUUACAGUCGGACGUUUCCGAAAUUGACAAAGAUUCAGUUAAUUUUCGUGAGUUAUAUGAUAAGAUUACCAAUGCCGAAGACAAUAAUCAGAAAAUUACCCAUGACCUGAUUUAUUGCCACUAUGAUUUCGGGAAAGGUAUUAAAUUAUGGUUCGAUCAUUAUAGAAAAACAUGCAGUGAGGAUGCGUCUAAUGCGAGAGUUAACGAUAAAAUUAGGGAACAGAUUUCUGCACAAGAUAAACUUACUGAGACCAAUCUUCGAAAAAGAAAAGAAAGAGCUAAAAAGAUUUUAAUAAUAUUGGAUGACGUUGAUUAUAUAAUCAGCAAAGUUUUGGAAAUAUCUCCCAUUCAAACGAUAAUAGAUCACUUCACCAAAAAGCCUGAAAUAGAUUUCACUGAUGAUCAGGAUAAUAGUGAUUCUCUAGAUGAUUUAUCCGAAACUGAGAUAGGUGAAAAAACUUUACCGGAAACUGAG